AUGUUUGCGUUGAAUAUUACUGACAUAAAAACUUUUGAGCUGAAACUGAAGUUUGGAUUUGGCUUACACGGCAGGGUUCACAUAACAGAGGUACAUGAUGCAAAUGAUUUGGAAAAUCCAUUUUCUGGCUACAAAAUUGGGCAAACAGUGACGGCAAGAAUAGUUUCAAAGCCUAAUGAUGCUGAUAGCAGCAGAAAUGGAUCACGGUGGGAGCUUUCAGUCCGACCUGAAAUGAUGAAAUACAAAGAACGAGUGCUUGGAUUGAUUCUUGUUUCACCGAUUUGUAAAGGACCUUCAUGGACUGAAUGGAUUUACAACAAGGUCUUGAUGAACUUAUUGUACUUCUAUGGUAUGUGCGGUUUACUGAAGGAAUGCCUCCUGCAACGUUACUUCAGUAAGGAGCUUAGAUGCAGUAUUGAGGGAUCAGAAUCAGAAGUAAUACUAACUUGCCAAAGAGUACAUUCUCUUUUCUGUUUUGUAUGCGUAAAAUUUAUAAUGCUGAAUAUAUUUGUUGCAGGAACAGACACAAGCACGUACACACUAGAAUGGGCAAUGGCAGAGUUAAUGCACAAUCCAGAAAUCAUGUCAAAAGUACAAAAUGAACUCGAACAAGUUGUUGGCAAAGGUAUUCCAGUCGAAGAAACAGACAUAGCCAAAUUACCAUACAUGCAAGCAGUUAUAAAAGAGACGUUUCGUGUACAUCCACCAGUUCCGUUAUUACUACCUCGCAAAGCAGAAACAGAUGUUGAAAUUGGUGACUACAUUAUUCCAAAAGAUGCACAAGUUUUGGUUAAUGCUUGGGUUAUUGGCAGAGAUCCAAGUAAAUGGGAGAAUCCUAAUGCUUUUGUGCCGGAGAGAUUUUUCAAUAGUGAGAUUGAUUUUAAAGGACAUCAUUUUGAGCUUAUUCCAUUUGGGUCUGGUAGAAGAAUUUGUCCUGGUUUGCCUUUGGCUAUUAGAAUGUUGCCUUUGAUGUUGGGAUCUUUGGUUAAUUGCUUUGAUUGGAGACUUGAAGAUGGAUUGAAUGUCGAUGAUUUGAAUAAGGAAGAUGAGUAUGGGAUUACCUUGGAAAAAUCUCAACCUGUGAGAAUUGUUCCAAUCAAAUUGACUAAGCAAUAA